AUGGGUAAAGCAGAGAAGGGUACCCCAAAAUACAUAGCGAACAAAAUCAAAGCAAAAGGUCUUCAAAAAUUACGAUGGUACUGCCAGAUGUGCCAGAAACAGUGCAGGGAUGAGAAUGGCUUCAAAUGCCACACGAUGUCUGAAUCCCAUCAGCGCCAAUUACUGCUCUUUGCUGAUAACGCAUCAAAAUACAUUGACGAGUUCUCGAAAGAAUUUUCCGAUGGUUAUGUGGAGCUUCUUCGUCGUCAGUUCGGUACCAAGCGUGUGAAUGCUAAUAAAGUCUACCAGGAUUACAUAUCCCAUCGAGAUCAUCUCCACAUGAAUGCAACCCAAUGGGAAACCCUCACCGAUUUCGUCAAGUGGUUAGGUCGGGAAGGCAAGUGCGUUGUCGACGAAACAGAAAAGGGUUGGUACGUGGCAUACAUAGAUAGGGAUCCGGCAACUAUAGCCGCCCAGGAGGCAAAGGCGAAGAAGGAUAAAUGUGAUAAAGAUGACCAGGAAAGAAUGCUAGAAUUUAUCAGACGUCAAGUUGAAAAAGGAAAGAAGGAAACUACAAAAGUUGAACCGAAAUUCACUGAAUUAAAGAGAGAGAGUAGUCAGGAAAAGUUGACAUUGAACUUAAAUAUGAAGAGAAAGGUUGAAGAAGUGAAACCAGAAAUAAAAGCGGCUUUCAAAAUGAAAGUGAAAACUGAACCGGUGAAGAAGAUAAAGACAGAAGAAAAAGUUAAACAAACGGCUUUAGAUGAGAUUAUAGAGAUGCAGGAGAGAGAGAAAGAAAGGCAUAACCGAAAGGAUCACUGGUUGGAUGAAGGCAUCAUAGUGAAGAUAGUCACCAAGAGUCUCGGUGAUAAAUAUUAUAAGAGGAAAGGAACUAUAAUAAAAGUUGUGGAUAAAUAUGGUGCCCAUGUGAAAUUGACCGAUGAGGCUGUCACUUUGAAGUUGGAUCAGAAUCAUCUUGAAACUGUGAUACCUUCGCCGGGAAGAAACGUGAAGUUCGUGAACGGAGCUUACAGAGGACAGAUUGGUGUGUUAAAAGAUAUUAAUACUGACAAAUACUGCUGCGACGUAGAGAUAUCAGAAGGAUUAUUAACAGGGAGACUGGUGAAGGAGGUUCAAUAUGAAGACAUCAGUAAAUUAUCAUCGUGA